CGUUGCAUCACCUCCGCGCGCCGGCUCACAGCUCUCUUGUCCGCGGGAUUGCUACUAGACUUGCUGGCCAGCGCGGCUAUCCAGGUACGCGGGGACCCUCAGCAACAAAAUGGUUCAACAAGUUCCAGAAAACAUAAAUUUUCCUGCUGAAGAAGAAAAAAUCUUGGAGUUUUGGACUAAAUUUAAUUGUUUUCAGGAAUGCUUAAAGCAAUCGAAACAUAAACCAAAAUUUACUUUCUAUGAUGGUCCUCCUUUUGCAACUGGACUGCCUCACUAUGGACAUAUACUUGCAGGGACAAUUAAAGAUAUAGUUACAAGAUAUGCUCACCAGAGUGGGUUUCAUGUUGACAGAAGAUUUGGAUGGGAUUGUCAUGGCUUACCUGUGGAAUAUGAAAUUGAUAAGACACUGGGAAUCAGAGGACCAGAGGAUGUGGCCAAAAUGGGGAUUACAGAAUAUAACAGUCAGUGCCGAGCAAUUGUGAUGAGAUAUUCUACUGAGUGGAAGUCUACAGUUACCAGACUUGGCCGAUGGAUUGACUUUGACAAUGACUACAAAACUCUGUAUCCAGAAUUCAUGGAAAGUGUCUGGUGGGUCUUCAAACAACUCUAUGAUAAAGGCCUUGUUUAUAGAGGUGUGAAAGUCAUGCCCUUCUCUACUGCAUGUAACACUCCACUUUCCAACUUUGAGUCACACCAGAAUUAUAAGGAUGUUCAAGACCCUUCAGUAUUUGUAACUUUCCCUUUGGAAGAAGAUGAAACUGUAUCUUUAGUUGCUUGGACAACCACUCCCUGGACUCUGCCUAGUAAUCUUGCCGUCUGUGUUAAUCCAGAAAUGCAAUAUGUGAAGAUUAAAGAUGUUGCCAGAGGAAAAUUGCUCAUUUUAAUGGAAGCCAGAUUGUCAGCCCUCUAUAAAUUGGAGAGUGACUAUGAGAUCCUUGAAAGAUUUCCUGGUGCCUAUCUUAAAGGCAAGAAGUACAGGCCCUUGUUUGACUAUUUUGUGAAGUGUAAAGAGAAUGGCGCUUUCACUGUGCUCGUUGACAACUAUGUGAAGGAAGAAGAAGGCACAGGGGUUGUCCACCAAGCUCCUUACUUUGGUGCUGAUGACUAUCGGGUCUGUAUGGACUUCAGCAUUAUUCGGAAAGACUCACUCCCCGUUUGUCCUGUGGAUGCAUCAGGCUGCUUCACAGCAGAGGUGACACAUUUUGCAGGACAGUAUGUGAAGGAUGCUGACAAAAGUAUCAUCAGGACUUUGAAGGAACAAGGCCGACUUCUGGUUGCCAGCACCUUCACUCACAGCUACCCUUUUUGCUGGAGAUCAGACACUCCCCUCAUUUACAAAGCAGUGCCCAGCUGGUUUGUACGAGUAGAGAACAUGGUGGACCAGCUCCUAAGGAACAAUGACCUGUGCUACUGGGUCCCAGAGUUUGUGCGAGAAAAACGAUUUGGAAAUUGGCUGAAAGAUGCACGUGACUGGGCAAUUUCCAGAAACAGAUACUGGGGCACCCCUAUCCCACUGUGGGUCAGCGAUGACUUUGAGGAGGUAGUAUGCAUUGGGUCAGUGGCAGAACUUGAAGAACUCUCGGGAGCAAAGAUCACAGAUCUCCACAGAGAGAGCAUUGACCACCUGACCAUUCCUUCACGCUGUGGGAAGGGAUCCUUGCACCGCAUCUCUGAAGUGUUUGACUGUUGGUUUGAGAGUGGCAGCAUGCCCUAUGCUCAGGUUCAUUAUCCAUUUGAAAACAAGAGGGAGUUUGAGGAUGCUUUUCCUGCAGACUUCAUUGCUGAGGGCAUCGACCAAACCAGAGGAUGGUUUUAUACCCUGCUGGUGCUGGCCACGGCCCUCUUUGGACAACCACCUUUCAAGAAUGUAAUUGUGAAUGGGCUCAUCCUGGCAAGUGAUGGCCAAAAAAUGAGCAAACGGAAAAAGAAUUAUCCAGAUCCAGUUUCCAUUCUCCAGAAGUAUGGUGCUGAUGCGCUCAGAUUAUAUCUGAUUAACUCCCCUGUGGUGAGAGCAGAAAACCUCCGCUUUAAAGAGGAGGGUGUGCGGGACGUCCUUAAGGAUGUUCUGCUCCCAUGGUACAAUGCCUACCGCUUCUUCAUCCAGAAUGUUGUGAGGCUUCAGAAGGAAGAAGAAAUAGAAUUUCUCUACAAUGAGAGCACAGUUAGAAAAAGCCCCAACAUUACGGACCAGUGGAUCCUGUCCUUCAUGCAGUCUCUCAUUGGCUUCUUUGAGACUGAAAUGGCAGCUUACAGGCUUUACACUGUGGUGCCUCGCCUUGUCAAGUUUGUAGAUAUUCUCACCAAUUGGUAUGUUAGAAUGAACCGCAGAAGAUUAAAGGGUGAAAAUGGGAUGGAAGAUUGUGUCAUGGCCCUAGAAACCUUGUUUAGUGUUCUGCUCUCUCUUUGCAGACUUAUGGCUCCCUAUACGCCUUUUCUCACCGAAUUGAUGUACCAGAAUCUAAAGGUGCUGAUUGACCCUGUUUCUGUUCAAGACAAGGACACACUCAGCAUCCACUACCUCAUGCUGCCCCGUGUUCGAGAAGAAUUGAUUGAUAAGAAAACAGAGAGUGCAAUAUCUCGGAUGCAGUCUGUGAUCGAACUUGGACGAGUGAUCAGAGACCGCAAAACUAUUCCCAUAAAGUAUCCUUUGAAAGAAAUUGUGGUUAUCCAUCAAGAUCCAGAAGCUCUUAAAGAUAUCAAGUCUUUGGAGAAGUAUGUCAUUGAGGAAUUGAAUGUUCGAAAAGUUACAUUGUCUACAGAUAAAAACAAGUAUGGCAUUCGGCUAAGGGCAGAACCAGAUCACAUGGUCCUGGGGAAGCGUCUGAAGGGAGCGUUUAAGGCAGUGAUGACGUCCAUCAAGCAGCUGAGCAGUGAGGAGCUGGAGCAGUUCCAGAAGACUGGGACCAUUGUUGUGGAAGGCCAUGAAUUGCAUGAUGAAGACAUCCGCCUCAUGUACACCUUUGAUCAGGCCACAGGUGGGACUGCACAGUUUGAAGCACACUCAGAUGCUCAGGCUUUGGUCCUCUUAGAUGUCACUCCUGACCAGUCAAUGGUGGAUGAAGGAAUGGCUCGGGAAGUCAUCAAUCGCAUACAGAAACUUCGCAAAAAGUGCCAUCUGGUUCCAACUGAUGAAAUCACAGUGUAUUACAACACGAAGUCUGAAGGAAGAUAUCUGAAUAACAUUAUUGAAAGCCACACAGAAUUCAUAUUUGCCACCAUAAAGGCUCCCUUGAAACCAUAUCCAGUUCCUCCAUCAGAUAAAAUCCUUAUUCAAGAAAAAACACAGUUGAAGGGAUCCGAACUGGAAAUUACACUUACCAGAGGAUCUUCCCUUCCUGGUCCUGCUUGUGCAUAUGUCAAUCUUAACAUUUGUGCAAAUGGCAGUGAACAAGGUGGAAUAUUGUUUCUGGAAAAUCCAAAAGGUGAUAAUAGGUUGGACCUUUUAAAACUGAAGAGUGUUGUCAGUAGCGUUUUUGGUGUGAACAAUGCAGACCUGGCUGUCUUCCAUAAUGAAACAGAAAUACAAAACCAAACCGACUUACUGAGUCUUAGUGGAAAAACACUUUGUGUGACUGCAGGAUCGGCUCCCUCUCUGAUCAGCAGUUCUGGCACUCUUCUUUGUCAGUAUGUCAACCUGCAGCUCCUGAAUGCAGAGCCACAAGAAAUUACAGAAGACAUCCCCAUGAAGACUUUGAAUAUGAAGACUGUGUAUGUUUCUGUAUUACCAACAACAGCAGACUUUUAGCAUGCACUUAUUAUCAGUGUUCAGUUGGCCUUUCCCUACUUACGCCCAUCCCCAUACAUAUGUGCACAUAGACACACACGUGAACACACUGAAGAUAUUUCCUUCAGGUGCAUGUAAAAUAUGCUGCUUGGAUUGAAAUUCAAAUGGAAUUGAUCAGUCAAGUAACUUGAGACCUCACAGUAAUCUUCACACUUAACCUUAGACACCUAUGCAGUCAUGUUGGGAGCAGCACCACAGUUUAUUUCUAUACUUGAGUUCUUAAGUACAGAAGGUAGAAGCAAUUUAAAUGGUAUAGCAUAUAUAUCAUUUUUUGGCCUUUUAAAAUUUAUUUAAGACCUCUUGAUGAAAUGGACAUGUUAUAUAUUUCUGCCACCUGGAUUUUCCUGGGUAAUUUGAUGGAAUAUUUUAAGUUUCAGUAAAUCAGAACAAUAAACUCAGAUAUAAAAA